AGGAUAGUACUAUCAGCUACUAAAUAAACGGGUGAGCACGUGGAAUUGUUCUAACACAGAAAUAACAAGGGUUAAAAGAAAGAUAUUGUAGGAGGUGACUCUUGUAAUAAAAGUAAAAACACAUCUAUAUAUUAAAGGAUUCUGGGAUUUUAAGUUCUAUAGCUACAGUACACCAAUGCCUGGAAUGAUGAAAAGGUCCAUGCCAAAAUCUCCAUCUCAUACACUGCUUGCCUUUUGCUUUUGGUGCAUACACCUCUUGUGUUUGGUGGAGAGAUGCAAAGCUAAAGAUGCAGCUAAUGCAACAACAGACCCAGAUGAAGAGAGGGCUCUUAAUGCCAUUUUCCAAUAUUGGGGUCUUUCUGAUACUUCUGAUGACUGGAACAUAAGUGGACACCCAUGUAGUGGGACUGCCGUCAAUUCAUCAAGAAUCAGUAACCCUGGGAUCAAAUGUGAUUGCCUAUCCAACGGUGGCGGCACCUGCCACAUAACCGUAAUGAGUGUGCAAGGGUACUCGACAGGGAGACGGCGGGUAAUUCCGGAAGAAGUCCUGAACCUGACAUACCUUACAAAUUUGACUCUGUCAGAUGGUAGAAUGGAGGGCUCCCUGCCAUCAUUUAUCGGUAAAUUUAGGCACCUGCGCCACCUGGAUAUAAGCUACAAUAACUUCAAUGGUUCGCUCCCACAUGAAAUAGGGACUUUGCCAAAUCUUGAGUACUUGGAUAUAAGUAGAGCUGGCUUCAAGGGUUUGCUCCCACCCGAGCUGGGGAAUCUGUCAAGGCUGCAACAACUGGAUAUAAGCUCCAAUGGCUUCAACGGUUUGCUCCCACCUGAGCUGGGGAAUUUGUCAAGUUUGCAAGAACUAUACAUGAGUGGCAUCGGGCUAAGUGGUGAGAUUCCUUCAACAUUUGCUAAGUUGAGAAACAUAAAGAUCUGGUGGGCAUCUGGUAGCCAGUUGACAAAGAUACCUAAUUUCAUUGGGAAUUGGAAUCUUACCGAUUUGGAUGUGUCAAAUAAUUCCAUGACGGGUCCCUUGCCAGCAUUCAUCGCCAACAUGACGAGCAUGCUUUCCUUGGAUGUCUCAGAAAAUUACAUGACGGGUCCCUUGCCAGCAUUUAUCGGCAAUUUAACGAGCUUGACCUCUCUGGAUAUAAGCUCAAACAACUUCAAUGAUUCGCUCCCACCUGAGCUGGGGAAUUUGACAAGUCUGCAAGAACUACGCAUUGAUAGCUGCGGGCUAAGCGGCCAGAUACCUUCAACAUUUGCCCGCUUGAGAAACCUGAAUACCUUGUUGGCAUCUGAUAACAACUUCACAGGAAAAAUACCUGAUUUCAUUGGGAGUUGGGCUCUCACGGAUUUGAGUAUGCAAGGCAAUGCUUUCGAGGGUCCCUUACCAUCCAGUUUUUCUAAUUUGACCUCACUGAACUAUUUGAGGCUCAGUGAUGUGUCUAAUGGGAGCUCCUCGUUGAAUUUUAUUGAGAAUAUGACAUCUUUAUGCAUCUUAGUCCUAAGAAACAAUAUGCUUUUUGGUACUAUCCCGUCCACAAUUGGAAAACAUCAAUCAUUGAAGCAUAUGGAUUUAAGCUUCAACAAUUUAAGUGGCCCAAUUCCAGAUUCUCUCUUCAAUAUGAGUGCCCUUGUUGUCCUGUUUCUUGGAAACAACAGCUUAUCCGGUACACUGCCAUCCCAAAAAAGUGAAACACUUCGUAACAUAGAUUUAUCAUACAAUCAAUUAUCAGGAAGCUUUCCACGUUGGGUUUUGGACGGAGGCCCAAACUUGAAUUUGGUGGCUAAUAGUUUCGUAGUUGAUAGUUCCAACAGCAGGGAUUUGAGCUUGAAUUGUCUUCAGCGAAGCUCUUCAUGCUAUCAAAACUCUCAAUACGAUUCUUCAUUCGCGAUCAGGUGCGGUGGACCCUCGAUGAAAAUUAACGAUACAGAGUAUGAGGGCGACAAAGAACCUCUGGGCCCAGUAUCCUAUAAGGUGGCCAGCACAGAGAAGUGGGCCGUCAGCAAUGUCGGAAAGUUUACUGAUUAUCAAUCCAGCGACACCACUUAUUCCAGAGAAAUUAAGGAUGUUCCGAAUACAGCCGACGCAUGGCUGGUCCAAUACGCAAGGAUAUCACCAGGAUCGUUGAGAUAUUAUGGUCUGGGGCUUGAAAACGGGAACUACACUGUAAAUCUGAAAUUCGCAGAGACGGAAUUUCCAGAUUCAAAAACUGGGAAGAGCGUUGGAAAGCGCGUUUUCGAUAUUUAUCUUCAGGGCAAUCUGGCAUGGAAAGACUUUGAUAUAAAAAAAGAAGCAGGUAUUGCCUUCAAAGGCAUUGAGAAGACACAGUGGGUUAUGGUAUAUGAACAUAUUCUUGAAAUUCAUCUUCUUUGGGCUGGAAAAGGGACUUGCUGUAUACCUACCCGGGGCACUUAUGGACCCGCCAUCUCGGCCAUCCAUGUUACUCCUAAUUUCAAACCGACUGUCGGGGCUCGACGAAAGAAGAACAAGAUUGCUUUGGCUGUUGAAAUUUUGGCUUCUGUUGUUCUGAGCAUUGUAUCUGUUUCUGUAUUUUUGAUUUGGAAAAGGAAUAAAAGGUUGAGUGUUGAUGAAGAUGAAGAGAUUUCAAGGAUGGGUCCCAGACCAAACACUUUCAGUUACCGAGAACUGAAGACUGCCACCAAAGACUUCAGUCCGGCAAAUAAGCUGGGACAGGGAGGAUUUGGGCCGUUAAGGUCAGGCAUUUUACUCGAUGGGCGGAUAGUGGCUGUAAAGCAACUCUCGGUAACAUCUCGCCAAGGAAAGAGUCAGUUUCUAGCGGAGAUUGCCGCUAUAUCUGCGGUCCAACAACGAAACCUGGUGAAAUUGUACGGAUGCUGCAUCAAGGGAGCUAAUCGGCUCCUUGUUUAUGAGUAUCUAGAAAACAAGAGCCUGGAUCAAGCACUCUUCGGAGAGAGUAACUUGCAUCUGGAUUGGCAUACACGCUUUGAGAUAUGCUUGGGGACAGCAAGAGGUCUUGCUUACCUUCACGAGGAAUCCAGGCCCCGCAUUGUUCAUAGGGAUGUCAAAGCCAGUAAUAUUCUGCUUGAUGCUAAUCUCAAUCCAAAGAUAUCAGAUUUUGGUUUGGCCAAGCUCUACGAUGACAAGAUGUCCCACAUCAGUACUCGUGUCGCAGGGACAGUCGGCUACAUCGCACCAGAGUACGCCAUGCGUGGGCAUCUGACGGAGAAGGCUGAUAUAUUUGGAUUCGGAGUCGUUGCUCUGGAGAUUGUAAGCGGAAGGCCAAACCCAUGUGAGAACGUGUAUCCAGAGAAUAUGUAUCUCGUCGAAUGGGCUUGGCAUCUCCAUGAAAACAACCGCAUUUUGGAACUGGUUGAUCCAACACUAUCCAACUUCGAUGCAGAAGAAGCAGCACGGAUAAUCAGCAUUGGUCUUCUAUGUAUCCAGGCAUCACCAUCGCUACGGCCGCCUAUGUCACGGGUAGUGGCCAUGCUGCAGGGAGACAUUGAAGUGAGCACCGUCACGUCAAAGCCAGGCUACUUAACUGAUUUGCCACCCAAUUAUACAACCAGCUUCAUGAGUGACGGUACUUUGACAGCAUCGACUAGUGUAACUUCCAUCAGCCAAAAGUUAUCAUCCGGGAAUGAAAGCAUCGCACCCUGAGAACCUUUGAGCUGAUGCUUCUCGAGGUUGACCGCAUCCGAUCUCUCCAUGCAUAAAUAUAUGUGCAUGUAUAUAAGACAACAUAUUUGGACCCAGGCGGUUUGGUUGUUGGUACUUGAUACAUGCUUUGCAUUUA